UACUCAUGCUCGACCGCCUGCAGCCAGUGCAGUGCGCCCCUCCCUAGUCUCACGUUCCCUCCCCUUGCCCUCCCGCCGCCGUCAUGGCUCGCAGCGGACAAAUUAUGUACGUAUACAGUCACGUCGAAGACCUCCAAAACCACCCGGACGCAGUCGCAGAUCCGGACGUUCUCGAUUUCGUAGGCCAUGAACUUGACUAUCUCGACCGUAACUACCCACCGCGUGGGCUUGCGUCGUCACCCCCUCCUCCGUACGAGCCUAUAUCUUAUCCACCGUCCUCGCCUUCGCCGCAUCCUGCGUUUCCUGUUCACCCGCCCACGACCGCUACGAUCGCGGACGCCCAGGGCCCCCGCCCAGUUCCGCCUCACCUGCUCAAUGACCGCGCCUUCUCGCCCUUUCCUCGCGACAAUCCACACUUCAUCAUGACCGCUAACGAACACAUCCGUGCUGCUCCAGCGCCCCCGCGUGAGUUGCACCUGUUCUGUCUUCACGCAGUCCGCUGACUCCACCUCGCGUGGUGGACAGCGCGCGAGUCCGCUUUCUUGCGACAGAUCCCGCCAUCCCUCCAGCCAGGACACGCUCCGCUGUACCAUUCCUCGACACAGCACAGACGGUCGCAAUCGAUUCCAUAUCCGCCCUCGAAU